CAUCUCUUCAUCAAUUCCAUUAUAAAGAAACAUACAGAGAAGCAAUAUACGGUGAAAACAGCAACCAUUCAUUUUUAUUGCUUUUCUUUACUAGAGAGAACUACAGGGAGGAUGUGUGGAGAAGGGAAGGUGGUGUGUGUAACAGGAGGGUCAGGCUACAUAGCUUCAUGGCUGAUUAAGAGAUUACUCCAAAGGGGUUAUAUCGUUAAAGCCACUGUUCGUGACACAGGUGAUCCAAAGAAAACAGAUCACUUACUUGCACUUGAUGGAGCUAAGGAAAGGCUUCAUUUGUUCAAAGCAAAUUUACUGGAAGAAGGGUCUUUUGAUGCUGCAGUUGAUGGAUGCGAAGGAGUUUUCCAUACUGCAUCCCCUGUACUAUUUGCAGUCACUGAUCCACUGGCAGAACUAAUUGAUCCAGCAGUGAAAGGAACACUUAAUGUUCUUAAAUCAUGCACAAAAGUUCAAUCUAUCAAGAGAGUGAUUAUAACAUCUUCUAUGGCGACAGUUAUGUUUGACAGAAAACCUCAGACCCCUGAUGUGGUGGUAGAUGAGACUUGGCAUUCGGAUCCAGCAGUUUGUAAGGAAAUGAAGCUUUCGUAUAUGCUUGCAAAAACCUUGGCGGAAAAGGCUGCUUGGAAUUUUGCAAAAGAGAAUGCAAUUGACUUGGUUACAAUACAUCCAGCAUAUGUGAUUGGCCCUCUCUUACAGCCAACUCUUAAUGCCAGUGUGGCGAUGAUUUUUAAUCUUGUAAAUGGAGCUCAGACAUAUCCCAACGAAUAUUACGGGUCAACUGAUGUUAGGGACGUUGCAGAAGCUCAUAUUCAAGCUUUUGAGAUUCCUUCAGCUUAUGGCAGAUAUUGUUUAGUUGCAAAUGUGUCGCACUAUUCUGAACUUGUGAAGAUUGUCCAUGAACAUUUUCCCUCCUUGCAACUUCCUGCAAAAUGUGAUGAUAAACCUCAAUUCAUGCCACAUGCCAAGGUAUCCAAAGAGAAAGCAAAAACUUUGGGUAUCAACUUCAUUCCUCUGGAAGCUACUCUCAAGGACACUAUUGAGAGCCUGAAGGAGAAGGGCUUCCUCAGCAUCUAAUUAGAUCGUAUGUGAUAGUGAGGUGAUGCAAAAACGAGCCAGAAAAUUUAGAACGAACAAUGUGCUUUUCCCUAAAAACCUUCAGGGUUCAAAUACUUGUAUAUAUCGUUUUGAAUUUCUCCAAUUGUUAUUGAAGAUUGUAUGUGAAAGGCAUGAUCACUUGCUCACCAUCUUCCUGAAUAGUAAAUUAAUGUCAUCACAGAAGAUUGUGGUCAAUCCUUGUACGCAUGGGUUGUGCUUAGCUGCAUGUAUCUGGGAUUUAUUAAAUUACCAUGUGGAUGAUCACAAUUGUAGGAAAUGUUUGGUAUGAUUUUCUUGCAUAGCAGAUGUCAAGAUGACAAGCUUUAUGCAGAUAAAUCAAAUAAAUUCCCUCUGCAA